AAACAGAAGCGCUGUCAGUAGCCAUUUGCGUUUUUUCUCCGUGAGAAAAAGGUGUAAAAAUCGCGGAGUUUCCCCGUGAAAAUUUCCCUAUUUAGCCCACAGGCAGCUGCAAGGUAUCCUGUGGAAAUCAAUUUGUGGCAGUUUGUGGAUGCAGUGAUUGUGCUUUAGUGUAUUUCCCAGCUGUGCAAAGUGGAUUAUUUUGAGGUGAAAAAAACAAAUACCCCACCUCAAGAAUUAUGAAAAGAGAUUUCCCGUGGAGCUUCGAGAGUUGCUGAAAGUAAAUAAUCCUCCAACAAAAUGGAUAAUGAUGCUGAUUUAGAUCCCCGGAUACAGAUUGAAUUAGAAAAUCUCAACACGGCCACAGAUGAAAUCAACAAAUUGGAGAUUGAGUUGGAGGAGGCAAAUACGACCUUUCGCAUUUUACUCAAUGAGUCCACCAGGCGACUGAAGUUACUGACCAAGAAAUUGGGCAGCUGUAUUGAUAAAUCCCGUCCGUACUAUGAUGCUGUUGAGAAGGCGCGAAUUGCUCAGAUUGAGUGUCAGAAGGCAGCUGUUAAAUUUCAACGCGCCAAUGAGAUUCAUGCGGCGGCGAAGGAAACAGUUGCACUAGCGGAGCAGAGAUUCAUGAGUAAUUCACAUGAAUGGCAAUUCGAUAAUGCUUGGCAGGAGAUGCUAAAUCAUGCCACAAUCAAGGUUAUGGAUGCUGAUAAUCAAAAGGCUGAGAGCAAUGCAGAACAUCAGCGAAAAGCGCUGAUUUUCAAUGCGGCUGAACUGAAGGUGCAACAGUUGGAGGAUCGUCUGAAGCGGAGUAUUCAGAAGUCACGGCCGUACUUUGAGGAGAAACAAAUCUGCCAGGAUCAGUUGGAGACGCAAAAGGGUCGAGUGCAGGAGCUGCAGUCACAGAUUCAGGUGGCCAAGGCGGCUUAUUCGAAUGCCCUGCGAAAUCUGGAGACGAUCAGUGAGGAGAUCCAUAAGCAGCGUGGUGAUUGUGCAGCACCGCCGGGUCCGAGGGAACCGGGUGUUGGGGCAGAAUUGAAUGUUACAGAAUUGACAAAAUCCAAGACAUCUUCCACGGGCAUUGUGCUCAAUUCUCCCGUCCUGACGCUUCCGGACUAUGCGUCUGAGUUGGAUCGGUGUGCCAUUCAGUCGACGGGCACAUCGGUGGCCACGAGUUCGGCAGUGAGUGAAAAGGGGGAUGAUGAUAGUGAUGUGGAUGACGCGGAUUUGGAUCUCGAGGAGUUGAGGCAGAGGGUUAAGGUGCUGGCUAUUCGACCGGUGGAGGGUGGGGAUGGGCAACAGGAACAGGAUGUUUGGGAGAGUGAAUUGAAUGCCACAGUGGAUAAAUUGGAUCAUUUAAUGAUGAUCCGAGAGUGUGGUGGGAUGCCCUUUGUACCGGGCGGGAGUUUUCCCACGACCCCACGAAAGACUUCUCCCAGUCCCAUCAAACAAUUGCAAAAGGCUCCUCCGCCACCCACCGUAAAUACAUCACUCAAGGAACUGUCUGUGGCCCAACUAUUACCUGCCAUGGUGACCACAGUGGGACCAGCUGUACGGAAUGGUGGAGCCACUGGGACUGAUGGGAGAUCAGAGCACAAGCGGAAGUUAUCCGUCUAAAGGAGAGAGAGAGAGAGAGAAAGGCAACCAGCCACAAUGGUAUGUUAUUCUUAAGAAUAUAUCAUUCGCAUGACGGACUCUUUUAGCUCUAUUGUUGUUACGCGUCGGUGAUUGUGGAACAACAGAGAGAAAAACAAAAAGAGAUGGGGUCUGGAGAAAAACUUCCCGGAACCUCCAAACUCUCUCAAAGGAAUACUUUAAUUUUAAAUUUAAAAAAAAGCAUGGAGAUCUGAAAAAGGAAGACAUGAGUAAAAGAUUAAAAAAAAAACAACUAAAAAAGUCACCUUUAAAAUUGUAUCAAAUUGAUAUUUUUAGAGUCCAUUUUUCACAUGAUUAUCACAUUUUUAAUUUCUUUACACAGAAAAAAAUACUUUGUAAAAUUGUUCGUAAAUGUUUGUGAAUUCCUAUGGGGGAGUUACGAAAUGCUUGUGAAUCGUAUGACCCACAAACAAGUUCGAAAAAGUUUGUAAUUUUUUCACAAACAUUGGGCUCUAUUCUGCGAAUAAAGAUAAAGAUAAAGUUUCAAAAUAAAGAUUUUAAAAAUUUCAAGAUUUGGCAUUCUGCGAUCUUGGAUAAAAAAGUCUAAGAAACGCAAAUAAAGAUUUCAAUAUCCAAACUGUCACUUAUGCCUUGUCAUUUUGGCACUUUAGUCAACCAAGCCGAUUUCUUGGUAGGAGAUAAUUUUUCUAGUUAAUUUUCACGACAAGAAGUGGAAAUUUUCUUUUAAAAUUUUGGUGAACGAGGAUAAUCUUUCGGGUGGUAUGAAAUAGCUUACAAAAUUGACAACUUUAAGUGCAAAAGUCCUGGAAAUAAUAUCACUUUUCAUACACUUCUCAGGCACUUUGAGAAAAAAAUAUCUCCGGAAUAAAAAGAGCUUGAAUUUGAUUGAACAGCAAGAAAUCAGAGUGAAUGUUUUAUAAAUUUUAGACGAUUGGAUUAAGGUACAGAAACCCCGAAUUUCAUGUUCAAUUGUUUUAAACGUAAAUUUUGAGUGCACUUUUCACAAAAUUUCUUAGAUGGAUUUACCAGUUUAAGAAUCAGGAAACAUCUGGCAGCAAAACAGAGUUAGUUAGUCAAAAAUUAAAAUUUUGACUAACUACAUACUGAGAUGAAAGGGACCCCUUCAACUUCAAGUCAGUCAGAGAACCCAGAUAACUCUCAGCUAACAGUUCAUCACUGUCAUUGUCAUUAGAUCGAAAAAUAAUGAUCACUGUGUUAUAAAACAUAUGAGAUUCUAUUCGAGGAAAUUCCUCUAGAUCCUAAACCUGAAGCUUCGGCACAUAAAGUACCUGUAACAAUAACGAGGGCUAGGAUUGUGUAGGAAAAAGAUAACCAUAAAAAAGCAAACUGGAAGUUCUUAGGAAAAGUUUAGCCGGACUCAUUCAAAUAAAAACGGAACACCAAUCAUAGAGAAGAGAAAGUGAGAUGAUUGAAUAAGAAAAGCUUGGGAACUCCUUGGAGAGCCCUACCUUUAACAAUUUCUCAAAAUAAGAACUUGAUACAUAAGAGUACAAGGGAUCAUUUCUGGCUAAUACCAACGAUUUUAACUGCUCGAACUCCAAGAGAGAGCAGUUUCCACAAUCUUUGUUGAACUAUAAGGUUUAGAGAAUAAAUUCAGUUCAGAUUUUUAAUUCAUCAAAAUUUUACCGUCUUCUGAAAUAGUACAUCUUUUCGAAGUAUGACUGAAUAUUAAGUAUUUUUUGUUGAAAUAAAAAAAAAAUAAAGUUGUAUUUAAUGUGUUCCUAAUGUAUUAGCGUAUAACCCUCGUUAUACUGCCUCUGCGUCCUUAAAUUUUCUAAUAAAUUAAAAGAUCUUCCAUGACUGUAAUGCUUUUCAAACGAGUUUCAAAAUGCAAAUAAAGAUUUCAAAGCACCUCGAGACCACCUUUAAAAUCUUUAUGAAAAAUAAAGAAUAUUGAAGUUAGAAUCACCUUGAAAUCUUGGGCGCAGAAUACCAAAUCUUGAAAUAUUUUUAUCCAAGCUAAAAAUAAUGAUAUUUGACUGCUUCAUUUUGAAAUCUUGAUUGUAGAAUACCAAAUCUUUAUAUUUCUCUUUAUUUCUUUAUAUUUAUCUUUAUCUUUAUUCGCAGAAUAGAGCCCAUUGUUCGUAACAUGAUCAUUUGACGAACAUUUUUUGUACUUUUACAAACAUUUCGCUCCUUGGAAAUUACAAGGGGCCAACUCAAUCUGAGCCAUUUUUCAGGAGACAGCAUGAAAGAUUAAACUUUGUAUAAAUAAUUAUCUCAUUUAUGUAUGUUAAUAAAAACAAUUUAAUUUUGUUCUAUUUGUAUGAGCAUUAUUAUAAAUAUCGAAACAUACAUAUUUUUACCUUUCAAAAUAUGUUUUUUUAUGAGUUAGCUCUUUGUCAUUCUAAAUGAUGCGCAAAUUUUCAUGAAAUUAGAAUGACACGGGAUCAACUUGCUUGAGUUAGUCCCUUGUUUUACAAAAAUUUGAACGAUAAAUCUAUUUUGUGCCCCUUGACUUCAAACAAAACCGCGCAAGCAAUCACAAAGAGUAAAAUUUUGUAAAACUUUUCUAAUAACGAAAUUUAUUGAUUUAUAUCAUCUGAAAUUUUAAUAAAUUCUCUGUCUGAGUGCAUUAAAAACUCAAAAUCGACAAAAAGUGAGUUGGCCCCUUGUAAUUUCCAAGGAGCGAUUUGUUCGUAAAUGUUCGUAAACACAGAAAAAUGUUCGUAAAAUUUUGUCAUUUGUCCGUAAAUGUUUGUAAAUUUUUGUUUGUCUGGCAAAAAUUUACGAACAAAUACGAACAAAUGACAAAAUUUUACGAACCUUUUUCUGUGUGUUUAUGAACAUUUUCGUACGAAAAUGUUUACGAAAAUGUUCGUAAACACACAGAAAAAUGUUUGUAAAAUUUUGUCAUUUGUUCGUAUUUGUUCGUAAAUUUUUGCCAGACAAACAAAAAUUUACGAACAAAUGACAAAAUUUUACGAACAUUUUCCUGUCUGUUUACGAACAUUUACGAACAAAUGUUUGUAAAAGUACAAAAAAUGUUCGUCAAAUGAUCAUGAUACGAACAAUAUUUGUGAAAAAAGUACAAACUUUUACGAACAUGUUUGUUCGAUUAUACGAUUCACGAGCAUUUUGUAACUCCCCCAUAGGAUUUCACAAACAUUUACGAACAAUUUUACAAAAUAUUUUUUUCUGUGUAGAAAAAACAUCAGUUUUCUAUGUCUCUUUUUUGUGUAUUUAGUACAAAAAGCGAGAAAGAAUUUCGUCUCAUUUAGUUGAUAAUGGAGAUGAAAAGAUGAAUUAAUCAAUCUUAGAGAUUGAUUUCUGGAUAUCUUUUUUUUUUCUUUAGCUAUCUCCCUCAAUUCUGUGAUAUCUUUUUUCUACUAAUAUGUUGAAUAAAAUAAUUCAUAGAAUUAUUGUUAGAUGAACAAAAGGAUACUAAGCAUUUCAGUAGUUUGAAAUAGUAUCUAAAAUACCGUAUUAGUAUUUCGGAUUUUAGCGCAGGAAAGACACCUGAACCUUCAAUGGUCAAAGACAUCGUAAAAUAAGACACAAAGUGUUAUUAAAAAAACUGAAAUAAAAGAAAAAUAUGGACAAGGAUUUUAGCUUUAGAAAGCUAUUACAAGAAUAUUGCAAUUUCUUAAAAAGAUAAUUUUAGGAUCGAUAUUGAGAGCUAUGAACUAAAUUUCCGAACUUAGCAGUAUGCAGCGAAAAUAAUUUGGAAUUUAUAUUCGCAAAUAUUUGUUUUUGACAAACAGAUUAAGUACUUAUUAAGUUACUUAGUAAGCACUUAAUAAGUAUACUUAAUUUAAUUUCAAAUCUCAAUGGGCAAAUCCCGAUGGUUAAUUUUCCGAGGCAAAAAUUACCAACAGCAACUCCAAGAAGCGCUGUAAAGGCAUCUACACAUCGGGAGCAAUUUUCAUAAAAAAUUUCUUUUUUGAAGAGAAUUGUAUACAACUGCUGUAGGUAGAAACGUCAAAAUCUUGUCAAAAAUGUUCUUUUUGACGAAGAUUGUUCCCAAUAUGUAGAUGUAGAGGUCUUAAAGCCAAAAAGUGCACCCCAAUCCAAAUUCCAAUUGCAUCAGAGGUAAAAUGUCUCAUUAAGGCAUCGUUUUAAGACUCUUUGCAGACAAAAACUCCUGGACAAAAAGUGAAGUUAAGUGAUUGUGGAAAGCUUCAAGAAGUAGGGGAGUUUGGGGCAAAAUUUGUCAAAACAAAAAUUUGAAAAUUCUUUAUCUUCCAUAUUUUUUUCUCUCGAAAAUUCAUGAAGUUUUAACUUUUGUGAUGAAUUGGUUGUAUAAAUGCCUGGAGAACUGUGACAGUCGAGCCGGGGGUCACACCCGUUUUAAAAUUAUGAGCUCUUCUACUGUUUUCCAAAAUUUAUACAUUACUGUUUGUUUUCUGAAUAAUUUGGAUCUGUUGAACACAAAUCUGUAAUUUACUUACGAAUUUUCCAAAGUGAUUUUUCUCUAGAAUUAUCUUUAUCAAAAAUAAGCACUCGGGGUAAAAUUUGUCAGAAGGCAUGGGGUAAAAAUUGACUAUAAACAAUGAAUUUCGAUGUUUCACAUGGCGAAAAGAGAUGUCUCGUAACUGUUUUCGCUCUUUUGCCAUUUCUAAGCGGGGGAAGAGAACUUUCUUGUCAAAAACAGCUCUUGGAAAAUGACUUGAAAGGCACAUUUCCGACUUAGAUAAUAAAAAAAAUGAUCUGCAUAAAGUUAUAAGGGAAUAAAUUUCCUACCAAAUUACGUCAAUUGGAUAUUUCUUUUAUUCAUGAGAACUCGUAACACAGCGAAAGAAAAUGACGAAAAUGCCCCAUGUUUGAUAAAAUUUUCCAUAGCAGUUUAGAGAAAUUUCUCAAAAUUAUCUUUUGGAAAAUAAAUCGGAAACCGCAUUUCUUUUCGAGAUAGAGAAAAAAGAAGCUCGACGAUGUUGUAGAGCAGUAAAUUCCCUGUAAGAAGAUGGUCAAUAGAAAUAAUUCAGAUUCUUUGAUAACUUGUGAAAAAAAUAAAAUAGACGUUUUGACAAAUUUUUCCCCAGUCUCCCCUAUAUUUUUUAGCUAUUAUGAGGUGUUUUUGUGACGAAGUAGAGACUGCUAUACUUCCUGAACCCCUGGAGAUUAAUAUUGAGGCAAUGAAUAUCAAUAGCGAGUCGUCAGAUCAUCACCACUGCCCUACUUUCCGUGUUCAAUUUACCUGGUUCCAAAUUGUAAAAUUCCACAUGUUCCACUUUGUACCAACUUUUUCCAAAAAGUAUUGUUCUGCAUUCGCCUAUUUUUUGAGUUUAGGAACUUUUCAAACUGUAUUUAAAGAAUUCGCACUAAACAGUAAUAUUCUAGAAGAGUCAAGGAGCAGUUUUAUGUACGUUCUUGAGGAAGUUAUUAUGUCUUGGAUCUUGUACACUAAUCAGCGCUCUUUUCGGGUUUAAAUCCAUUAUAAAAACCUGUAAGUGAUACUAUCCAGUAAAAUUUUUAAGAGCUGCUAUCAAUACAAUCCGACUUUAGCGCUGAAACUGCCAUAAAAUGGGUGUGGAAGGUAAUUACUGCAGGGCCGCUUCAAAAACUAUGUGUCAGCAUUACAAAUCGCUUCUAGUCUGUUAUUUUGAAUUAAAACGACCGCAUAGAAUAUAAAAAUAAUACAUUUUUAAAUUUUUAUUAGGUUUUUAUCAAAAAAUUAAUGACCAACAUAAUUAAUUUUCCCGCCGGUUUUGACCAAAUUUGUAUAAAAUGAUUCUCAUGCACGCACGAAUGGUAGUGAGCGCGGCUCACUACCAUAGAAAAAGUUGUUAUAUAGACCUAUAUUAUACAAAAAAAUUUAGGCUGAUCGGAUCUACACACGACCCACACCACCCAUUUUAUGCAAACUUCUUAAUUAAAUUUCGCUGGGUGUAUCAACGUUUAAGCCUCUGGAAAUUGCUCCAAAUUACAUUACUUUACCCUAAUCAAAUAUUUAAUAUCUUAAAAUAUUUUAGUUCCAUUAUAAAACGUUCUCUGAUUGGCUUUCUGAACAUUUUGAAUGCUGUAAAGCUCCAGCCAAUCCGAGAACGCAGUGAGGCAAAAAUAUUUUGAGGAAAUAAAUAUUUCAUUGAAAACAUUUAUUUGAAUUUAAUUUAAAUUCAUUAUCCAUGUUUAAUAAAAUUUAUUCACGUAAAAUAAGUGUAAUUGUAUAAUGUAUUUUCUUUGAUUAAUUAGAACUUGAAAAUAUGAAAGAUUUUCAAAUUUUUGGUCAAUCUGGAAAUGCAAUGGGACUAAAAAAUUUUUUAGAAUUAAAUAUUUAAUUUUAUGUGGAGAAUAUUUGAUUAAUCAUAUAAAAUUUUAUACAAAAAUCAUUUUGACUCAAUAUUUUCUAUUACAAAAAAAAUUGUUAUGUUAAAUAUAAAAUCGUUUUCGCAUUGGAUUGUUAAAUUAAACUGCGACUUCAUGUUACUUUCAUAGCCUCUCAAUAUAAAAACGUUCGAUAAAAUUGAUAAAAAUGCAUCACUCAAAAGGUAUCAGUUGUCGUUGUCACAGAAUUGGGGAGAUUUCCUCUGCUAUAAACUGUUAUAAUUGUAAUAUCAUUUUUUUGUAGUUUAAGUGCAUUAAUUGUAGAAACUCACCUUAAUUUUACUCACAACUUGCCCAUAGUAAGUCGUUAUGUUGAUUCUUCAAAAGAAAUUCUGAUUCACAAUCAAUUAGAGACUAUCACAAAUUAUAUAAUUUUUUUUGUUAGAAAUGAAUGAGAAAAGAACUAACGAAUUACAAAUAUAGAUAUUAUUCGAAAAUA